CUUGAGUCUUAACCAUCUUGUCCAAUUACUACAGAUGAUGAAAUGAGUCUACCUUUAAAGCUCUUUUCCAUCCUCAGCUGGCUAUCUCUUGUUAUUGCAGAUGCGACGAACAACACCACUGCCGGGGUUCCUAAUGAUCCUUACCUCCAAUACAAGCCUGAAUUUGCCCGAUCUCUACCUGUACAGACUCUAGUCACCGGUGUUGUCUUUACUCUCGUCGCUGUUCUCUUCGUCCAUAUCGUCUUUACCGGGCAGUACCACUGGCCGCUUGCGCCAGUGAAUUAUGCCCUCCAGCUCUCAGGCGUCGUCACUCUACUCGUAUCCCUCAUUGCAACCAUUCAUGUGAUAUUCUCAUCAGCGAUACACGAGAGCCAGCAUUGGCCAUAUAUGCUCAGUUAUAUCGCAGUCAAUGUUCCUCCGUUGGAUAUGCUCAAUGUGGCCCCCGAUCCUGACAGCGACACUCCGUCAUCAGAAAUCACUUGGUCACCUGCAGAGAGAGGAACUUGGUUAAUGAUGAAUGCAUCGGUCUCCGCAUUGGCGCAAAUAACUCAUAUCCAAUUCUUGACCUUAUUAUAUCCCUCACGACUUGAAGGUCGUCUGAUCUACUGUCUGCUCGGCCCUCUUGCGGUCCUGGCAGCGAUCAUGCAACUCAUCCCCAUCCAAGCGAAUACUAACUUGAUCAACAUCGCCAACAACAUCCGCAACGUCUGUAACGCUACUCUCUCCUUACUAUUCACCGCAUCGCUUUUCAUCUGGGGUCUUCUUGUCAAUCGUUCCCAAGCAUGGCGUACGGACGGAGGCACCGCUGUAUUCGGUGCCAGUGCUCUCAGUCUGGCCAUGGUGAGCACCGCACUCAACUUCCUCUAUGUUCCCAAGAACGAGGAAUAUGUAUGGCUUCCUGGUCUUAUCUGGGCUGUCAUCCUAUGGCAAAGUUUCUUGGGAUGGUGGUGGUGGGUCGGCGCAGGGAACGGCCAAUCGACAGAAGAUGCUGUUGAACAAGUGUUCAGAAGAGGCGAUAAAUUUUGGAAGAAGAGACGCAAGGCAAAGUCGAAGAAGGAUAAUAUCAAAUCAACUUCUCAGCGGGGUACGGAUCCCGAGUGCUCUGAUGAGCAUGUGGCGAGUGUGAGCGGUAGAAGCUCGCUCAGCGAUGAUUCUACUUCCCAUAGUCGAACUAUAUCCGCUGGCGCGUCCGCCGAAUCUCCACCGGUUCGUCGUCGGGCCCGUCGUGCUCGUUCCAGUGGUUCUGCAACUUCCAUGUCAACCGAAGAGAGUAUAACCACCCUUCCUCGGUUCCUCCCUCAAACUGUUCAUGCGUGGUAUAAUAAUCUCCGCCAGGCUCAUGUCACAGCCGCUCGCCGUCAGACUGUUGAAAGAGUGGAGCGCAUCCGCGAGAUUGAGCGGGGAAGAAUGGAUUCAAGUGGUGAAGUUCCGAGUGGAUGGGGUUUGGGGAGCUUUGGAUGGAAGGUUGGGAGAAGUCAGGUUGCUCAGUACGAGAUGGAGAGUAAUCCCCGACGAAGACGUAGGAGUGACGAGCGCGAACAGCGUGGAACUGGGAGUGAAGACGAUUUCAAUAAUAUUCACUAUCCUCCAUCAUCGUCGGCGAAAUUGAACAAACAAAACACGACUACCUCCCCACGGCACAGUACCCGUGUGGAGGAUAGUCGACCCAAGUCGAUAUGGUGGUGGGGACCUCUAAAUCGAUGGAGACUGCAGGAUUCCACUACCUACCAUUAAAAUUUGUAAUCAUGGAUUUACUUGAUAUAUUUUCCUUGUUAUUAGCAUCUGUUUCCUCUCUGUUGUAUGUAUGUAUGUUAAUAAGGUUCACUCAUGA